AUGGUCCUAAAGUGGCAGGCAUUAUUCGGAGAUCUCAAGAAGAGGCUGAAAGCUGCACUUUCACACCACCCGGGCGCCAUCACCAAUGGAAACAUGAACUCCAUGGGCCACAUGAUGGAGAUGAUGUCGUCGCGGCAAGAGCAAGGCACCCACCAUCACAUGCACUCGCACUCGCACUCGCACUCUCAUCCGCACCAGCACAUGCAAGCACCUCCCCACGCAUACCAGCACCACGGCCAUCAUCACCACAGCCAGGGGCACGGCCAGGGCGGCCACCAUCACCCGCAGGCCCACAAUGCCCAUCACAACUCCCAUAAUGCCCACCUCCAUUCCGGGCACCCCCACCAGACCUCGCCACACCCUGCAAUGCACUCCGCUUCACAGAUGUCUCCCGCCACACAGCAGAUGCAGCCCACGCAGACGCUGCAGUCUCCGCCCCCUAGCGGCGGCCGACGCAGGAGGGUAGCGGACGAGGACCCGGACGAACGUCGGCGGAAGUUUCUGGAACGGAACCGAGCGGCGGCGACGCGAUGCAGGCAGAAGAGGAAAGUGUGGGUGAUGUCGUUAGAGAAGAAAGCAGAAGAACUCACACAGACCAACAUGCAGCUUCAGAAUGAAGUGACAAUGCUAAAGAACGAGGUGACCCAGCUCAAGCAGCUCCUCCUCACACACAAGGACUGUCCAAUCACCACUAUGCAAAAAGAGUCCCAAGGUUACCUCAGUCCGGAAAGUAGUCCAGCAGGAAGUCCAUCUCCAGCUUGCACGCAACAGCAGGUCAUCCAGCACAACACCAUCACCACCUCCACCACAACUAUAGGGGGCAGCGGCGUGCACGGACACGCCAACAGCCGAACAGACAUUAACGCCAUCCAUUAGGACCCCGACAGACUGUCAAGCCCUCGUGCUGGGACCAAACCCCCCCACUUCCCCUCCUCACACAUGCUUUGUACGGCUCCCCAUGCUACACACGUCAGCCAUCAAGAAGAACCUCAAGGGCCUCCAAGGCUGUUCUUUUUACAGUGCCACGGUGUGUAUUUUUAUAGUGCCUAUAACCUGCUCAUGUUUUAUGUUGUGUUGCAUCUUUACUAUUGCUUUUGUGGCGUUAGCUUGCAGCAAUACUCCCGCGGUGUGUUUUUGUAGCGGUACAAAGUGGACCAAAGUGUUCAUGAAACGAAAGGGAAAAGACUGGAGACAGUCAUCUCUUAAAGGGACUUACUUAUUAAAGCAUUCAGCA